AUGAAGCCUCUGCUUGGGACCCUUUACCUCUUGGGGAUGCUGGUCCAUGGCGGGGUGGUGGGAUGUGAUAGAUCACUAGCACAAAACAGACAAGAGGUUGUGGGCAAGACAGUGACUUCAUGGAGGAACUUGGAGACUUAUUCCUAUAACAAAUACCACCCCAUGGGAGAGAGCUAUCAGUGGAUGAGCCAGAUAAGUGAGAAGUACCCAGAAGGGGUAACACAGCAUUUCCUAGGCAUGACCUAUGAAACCCAGCCCAUGUAUUAUUUGAAGAUUAGCCAACCAUCCAAUAACCCCAAGAAGAUCAUUUGGAUGGACUGUGGAAUCAGGGAAUGAAUUGCCCCUGCUUUUUGCCAGUGGUUUGUGAAAGAAAUUCUUCAAAACUAUACAGAUAACUCAAGCAUAAGUAGGCUCCUUAAGAACCUGGACUUCUUCGUGCUCCCAGUUCUUAACAUAGAUGGUUAUAUCUACACGUGGACAACUGAUCGGCUUUGGAGGAAAUCCCGUUCAUCUCAUGAUAAUGGCAAAUGUUUUGGGACAGAUCUUAAUCGAAAUUUCAAUGCAUCCUGGUGUAGUAUUGGAGCAUCUAAAAACUGCCAAGAGUUAAUAUUCUGUGGGACAGGACUAGAGUCUGAACCUGAGACUACAGCAGUUUCCAGCUUUAUAGAGAGCAAGAAAGAGGACAUUAUGUGCUUCCUAACCAUGCAGUCUUAUGGGCAGCUCAUUCUCACACCUUACGGCUAUACUGAAAAAAAAUCAAGUAACCACGAAGAACUGAUCCAAGCUGGAGAGAAGGCAGCAAAUGCACUGAAAGCAAAGCAUGGAACCAAUUAUAGAGUUGGAUCGAGUAUAGAUAUUUUAUAUGCUUCAUCAGGAUCUUCGAGAGACUGGGCUCAGGACAUUGGGAUCCCCUUCUCAUACACAUUUGAGCUGAGGGACAAUGGUACAUGUGGAUUUGAACUUCCAGAAGCUCAGAUUCAGGCCACCAGUGAGGAGACCAUGGAGGCUGUGCUCUCAGUCCUGGAUGAUGUGUAUGAGAAAUACUGGUAUUCAAACAGUGCUGAAAAGGUGACAUCUACCACUGUGAUGCUGAGCUUGCUCAUGUCCUUUAUGUCUCUUCUCUAA